GCGCCCGGCGCGGUGAGCGCUGCCCGCGGCCCCCGCGCGGCCCUCCCCACAAAGGGCCGCGGAGCUGCGUGGCCGCCGUCGCCGGCCGCGGCUCGCCUCGGCGGGCGCGGAAAUUUGUUGCACUUCUUGGGGCUUUGUUUGUUUGUUUGUUUUUUCUCUGAAAUUUUUUUUUUCGUUAUUUUGGACAAAAUGUCGGUCCGUGAUGUAAAAAUUGAGCGAGGAACCUUGAUGGCACGGGGAGCUUUGCAGAAGUUUUCCAAGAAAUAACUUCACCAAGAUGUCCAGUGAUCGGCAAAGGUCCGAUGAUGAGAGCCCCAGCACCAGCAGUGGUAGUUCAGAUGCGGACCAGCGAGACCCAGCCGCUCCAGAGCCUGAAGAACAAGAAGAAAGAAAACCUUCUGCCACCCAGCAGAAGAAAAACACCAAACUCUCUAGCAAAACCACUGCUAAGUUAUCCACUAGUGCUAAAAGAAUUCAGAAGGAGCUAGCUGAAAUAACCCUUGAUCCUCCUCCUAACUGCAGUGCUGGGCCUAAAGGAGAUAACAUUUAUGAAUGGAGAUCGACUAUACUUGGUCCACCAGGUUCUGUAUAUGAAGGUGGUGUGUUUUUUCUGGAUAUCACAUUUUCAUCUGAUUAUCCAUUUAAGCCACCAAAGGUUACUUUCCGCACCAGAAUCUAUCAUUGCAACAUCAAUAGUCAGGGAGUCAUCUGCCUGGACAUCCUUAAAGACAACUGGAGUCCUGCUUUGACUAUUUCAAAGGUUUUGCUGUCAAUUUGUUCUCUUUUGACAGACUGCAACCCUGCGGAUCCUCUGGUUGGAAGCAUAGCCACUCAGUAUUUGACCAACAGAGCAGAACAUGACAGGAUAGCCAGACAGUGGACCAAGCGAUAUGCAACAUAAUUCACAUAAUUUGUAUGCAGUGUGAAGGAGCAGAAGGCAUCUUCUCGCUGUGCUGCAAAUCUUUAUAGCCUUUACAAUACGGACUUCUGUGUAUAUGUUAUACUGAUUCUACUCUCUGCUUUUAUCCUUUGGAGACUGGGAGACUCCCCAAAAAGGUAAAUGCUAUCAAGAGUAGAACUUUGUAGCUGUAGAUUAGUUAUGUUUAAAACGCCUACUUGCAAGUCUUGCUUCUUUGGGAUAUCAAAGUGUAUUUUGUGAUGUACUAAGGAUACUGGUCCUGAAGUCUACCAAAUAUUAUAGUGCAUUUUAGCCUAAUUCAUUAUCUGUAUGAAGUUAUAAUAGUAGCUGUAGAUGACUAGGAAUUAUGUCAUUUGUAUUAAACCCAGAUCUAUUUCUGAGUAUGUGGUUCAUGCUGUUGUGAAAAAUGUUUUACCUUUUACCUUUGUCAGUUUGUAACGAGAGGAUUUCCUUUUACCCUUUGUAGCUCAGAGAGCACCUGAUGUAUCAUCUCAAACACAAUAAACAUGCUCCUGAAGGCA